AUGGAGGACUCGGUUCUACCAGAGCGGCUUAAUGUAAUGCGGAGUGGUGAGGCUGGUCCAGAACCACCUAAACGAUUGUCAUGGGCUGAGGAAGUUGAGGGAGCUCUGGUAAGUAAUCCGUUUAUUAAUACUAUUGUGAUUGAUGGAGACGAUAUACAGGAAGAAGUUGAAUAUUGGUCCUCUGCUGUUGUUUGUCAUGUAUUGGGGGCUAAUCCUCCUUUUAAUGUUAUGGAUGGAUAUUUCAGACGGAUUUGGGGAAAACAUGGUAUAGAUAAGGUUGCGGUGGUAAACAAGGGUGUGUUUCUUGUUAGAUUUCAUACUGUAGAAGCAAGUUUAAAGGUAACAACAGAAGGUUACCAUUUCUUUGAUAAAAAACCACUUAUAACAAGACUAUGGGACCCUGACAUGCCUAUGGACAAAUCUAAUGUGGACAUGGUGCCAAUAUGGAUUAAAAUGGGAGGGCUAUCAAUUAAAUACUGGGGGGAAAGAAGUUUGUUUAAGAUUGCUGGUUUGGUAGGACGUGCUGUGAAAAUGGAUGAGGCCACAAAAACUAAGGAUAGGCUGAGUUAUGCUAGAGUGAUGGUGGAAGUAUCUAUGAGGCAGCAGUUACCAGAUUCUAUAAGUUUUUGUAAUGAGUAUGGGAAGAUGGUGGAGCAAAAAAUAGAAUAUGAGUGGAGACCUGUGGUGUGUAAAAAAUGCUCGGGAGUUGGUCAUAAUGAAGAGGAUUGUAGGAAAGGUAUGGGGAAGAAAGAUUGGAUACAAAAGAAGAAAGUUGUGAUUGAUAAAGAGGGGUUUCAACAAGUGGGUGGAAAGGCUCCACAGCAGGUGCAGGCAGAGGUAGUGCCAAUUCAUAACCCAUUCAAUGCACUGCUGGAUGAUGUGGCUGAAAUUGGCGAGGAUAAUGCUGUGGGAGAAGUAGAAGGUGACAAGGGGGAGAGAAAUGAGGAGAGAUUAAGGAUGGUGGAGAGUAUGACUGAACAGGGGCAGGGGCUGGCCACCCCUAUGCCUAAUGGAUAA